UUGGUCACGAAGAUAUGUGGACUAAUGUCUUCCGACAAUAACAGUCCUGCUAGGUUGAGGAUUAAGGUAGCAGGGGAGGUGUUGGAGAAACAUAUUGUUGGGCCAUUGCGGAGUGCUGACAACGAAAUGGCUGCGUGCACAGUAGAGGACGUCGAUAGAAACGCACAUGACAUAGGGUGCGCUGGUGACUCUUCUGAUCAACAAUAUCCCGCACAUUCUAUGCCUACAAGUCACCCCGUAGAGCAUCACGACCAGGAGCAGGGGCCUUUUUGCGUAUUUUGUGGAUUAAAUGCCCAGGUCAAAUUUGGACAAGGGGAACUAAGGCGGUUCCACACUAACGAAGAGCCAGUCCCCGUUCCCUCAUGGUACAAGGAGUUGAUGGCUUCGAUGAGCGAAAAGCAAUCAGCAACUCAUGUCGCCUCUCUGUCUAAUCGACAACAGGUUUCGCGAAAAAGUCAACACAAUCGUGCGAUAACUAUUACUCCACCCCCAGUUGUAGCGAAUUUCGAGAGCCGCCGAGUUGGGCCAUAUGCAUCUCUUGAUGGAUGUAGGCGCCUGAAAGAACACAAAAAUAUUGGUUCUGAUGGAAAGCCAUGCUUACCUGGCCUUCCUAACGCCUUUUUUGACUGCGAAGGCCGGCCCUUCGGUCUUGUUGAAGAGCUCGGUUACAUUGGCUGGCCUGUCGCUCCAGAUGGAGAGGAAAGCCUACAACUACAACAUGUCAUUUCUAGUUGCUCUCCUCGCGAAGGGGGCGAGGGAAGUUGGAUCUUCGCUCAUCACUGCUGUGCCUCUUGGUCCACCGGCGUACACUUCAACGAACAG